CGCUGGUGUCCGCCUCUCCAGAAACUUCUGCUUUAAUCUAUUAUUGCUUCUCUCUUCCUGAUUAUUUCUUCAAUUAAAAUCAUUUCAGUGUAUCGCGAGACCCCAUCUCAUCACUCAACAAAUCACAAACAGACUGGUAGAUCCCUUUUCUUCUCAUGAUGUCAUACUCUAAAAGGUCAAGAUAUUCUCCCUCUCCUUCUCCAUACAAGCGAUACAGGUCUGUGUCGAGGUCUUUGUCUGUAUCAAGGUCGAGGGACAGGUCAAGGAGCCCCUCAAGUGAUGUGGAAAAUCCUGGUAAUAAUUUGUAUGUGACUGGACUUUCAGCCCGGAUCACCAAUAGGGACCUUGAGAAGCAUUUUGCAAGUGAGGGAACGGUGGUCGAUGUUCAUCUCGUUGUUGAUCCAUGGACUAGAGAAUCUCGUGGAUUUGGUUUUGUAACAAUGUCCAACGUUGAUGAGGCUGAUCGAUGUAUUAAGUAUUUGAACCGAUCUGUUCUUGAAGGCCGUGUCAUCACAGUGGAGAAGGCUAAGAGGCGGAGAGGACGGACUCCUACUCCUGGAAGGUAUUUGGGCUUAAGAACUAUUCGAGUGCGACGAUGGACUCCAAGUUAUUCUCCCCGUCGAUCUCCCAGCUACUCUCCUUAUCAGAGGAGCAGGAGUCGGUCACGGUACUAUUCAUCUGAACGCAGUAGGAGCAGGUCAUAUUCUCGUCGCUACAGCCGGCAUCGAUCCUACUCUCCUUGUUACCGUCACAGGUCAUAUUCAUCAUACUACUACAGCCGUCGCCAAUCAUACUCCAGGUCUACUUACAGUAGGUCCCCUGCAAGUAGGCGAGAUCGGUCACACUCACCUUAUGAUUCUAGAUAUCACUUGCCAGAUUACAGAUACUAUGGAAGACACCAUUAUCACUCGAUCUCCCGUAGCCCUACCCCACAGAGGAGGAGAGGCUCGAUGAGGAGCUACUCGAGCAGUAUUUCCCCAAGGAGCUACUCGAGCAGCAUUUCCCCGAGGAAGAGCUCAAGAAGGAGCUAUUCACGUAGCUUUUCUCCAAUAUCAAAAAGAAGCUUGAGGAGUUACUCUCGAAGCCCUUCCCGAAGGGUCAGGAAGAGCUCAAGGAGGAGUUACUCUAGGAGUGUUUCCCCAAGGGGUAGGAAGAAAUCUAGGAGUCUAUCUCACGGUGGCUCGUACUCUAGGAGCGCAAGUGCGAGUCCUAUUUCCAGAUCUGUUUCUAGAUCUGUUACCCCUAGGUCUGCUUCGCCAUCAUCUUGAAAAGUAGAAUAGUGUGCAGAUGGUGGCUCUAUAGGAUAAGCGGCCAUCCUCGUUAGGUGUUAUAGUCCCCGCAUGACAAACGGUUUGCUGUACAUUGGAGGGUUUUUUUUAUUGUUAAAAGUAGCUGUACCUUUUAUUUAUUAAUAGCAGGGGUUAAUGCUUGGCAGUUGUUGCUUUAA